CGGCCGGGGGCGGCGCUGGCCGGGGCGGGGGAGGGGGGUGUCCUGCCGCGGAGCCCGCCGCGCCCGCGUGUGCUGGUGUGUCCGCCUGGCACCGCGGCCCGGCCGGCCCCGCUCGCGCCCCUGUCCUGGGGGGGCCUGCCGGGGCGGGGCGGCGGGCCGCGGUGUGCCGCGGAGUGGACGGGGAGUGCGGGCGUGUGCCCGCGGGGCGCGCAGGCCAUGAUCUAGUCAUGGCAGACGGAGAUGGUGUUGAGACGGUCGGGAUGGCGGCAGCCCCCCCUGGCCGUGAAGAUGGAGACCAGGAGCCCACUGAGAACCCCGUGUCUGUGGACCAGGGGGCCAAGCCAGAGGCUAGAUCAGAACCCGCAGCUUCCACUCGGAGAAGACCUGAGUCCAAGCCGCCUGGUGACGGCGUGGCUUCCGCCGCUCUCCCUGCUCAGGAAUGUGUUUCCGGAGACGCACCCCUGACUGGAUGGGGCUACUGGGGCAGCUGGGGCAAGUCCUUACUGUCCUCAGCCUCCGCCACUGUAGCCACAGUAGGACAAGGUAUUUCCAGUGUCAUCGAGAAGGCAGAGACUUCCCUGGGGAUCCCUAGUCCCAGUGACUUCUCAGCUGAAGCCCAACAUGCUGCAGGUGGGUUGGAUGCCAAAGAGAACGAAAGCUCCUCCCCCGCGGCUGGGCCUCUGGGCAUGUUCUCCACCAUCUCCACCGCCGUCCAGAGCACAGGGAAGAGCGUCAUCAGUGGGGGUUUGGACGCUCUGGAGUUCAUUGGGAAGAAGACCAUGGAUGUCAUCGCUGAAGGGGACCCCGGCUUUCGGAGAACCAAGGGCCUUAUGUACCGCAACUCCACACUGUCGCAGGUUCUCCGGGAGGCGAAGGAGAAUGAAGAGCUCCGACCGGCCGGGGAGGUCAGCGUGGACACGGACAGGAGGACUCACUACGGGCUACUCUUCGAUGAGUUCCAGGGCCUUUCACAUCUGGAGGCCCUGGAGAUGCUUUCCCGGGAGAGCGAAGUGAAGGUGAAAUCUAUCCUGAAUUCUCUGCGUGGAGAGGACUCAGAGACUCUGAAGCUUGAGUUGGAGCAACUCAAAGAAGCGUUUUCCCUGGAGGACUUCUGCGAGGAUGAGGAAGAAGAGCGGAAAGGAGACGAGGACUUCACCCGCGAGGUGACAGAGCUGUUUUCCCAGCUGCGAGUCUCCUCCAGGCCAGAGAAGCUCACCAGGGCGAGAAACACGGCCUGCGAGUGGGUCAGGAUGCCUCGGGCCCCGGCCCCGGCCGAGGAGGGCGGAGAAAGACAGCCGGAGACGGAGAAAACGGAGCAGAUCCCUGAGGUGUCCAUAGAGGACAUUCAUGCCUUUGCCAUCCGGAGCCUUGCGGAGCUGACAGCCUGCUCCAUUGAACUCUUCCACAAAACGGCCGCUCUGGUUCUGCACGGUGGGAAGCAGGAAGUCACCGCCCUCGAGAGGAGCAAAGCCCUGUCCCAGCUGACGGUCGUCCUGUGCAAGGAGCUGUCCUCGCUGGCCAAGGAGUUCUCCACCCGCCUGACGGCUGCAGGGGUGGAAGAAAAGGCUGACGUCCUGAACCCACUGAUCACCGCAGUGUUUCUGGAGGCCUCCAACAGCGCCUCCUACGUCCAGGACGCCCUCCAGCUGCUGCUCCCCGUGCUGCAGCUCUCGCUCAUCCAGGACGCCCAGCCGAAUGCCUGAGCUCGUGCCCAGGACGUCCGUUUGCUGCCGCCUCUGCGUGGCGCUGACCUCAAGGUCCCCCGGCUCUGCCCACUGGUUCCGACUAAUAAAUUAUUUGGAAAGAAACUUCUUGGAAAUUUUGAGAAUUACCGUUCGCUCUGGAUCAGGGUUGGUGGGACGCUUCGCUCUGGCCUGGCAGAGCGCGCAGUUUUGCCCUAGGCCUGGCUUUGCGGCCCGAGUGCGCGGGAAGAACUCCCCGGAGGGUUCCAGACCGCCUGCUCGCCGCUGCCUGUGCUCGCCUCAAGAAGGCGAGUCUGCAGCUCCGGGAUGCUGGGGUCCCGAGAACAAACUCAGCAGCUGGCAGGGUAUCCUCUGGCUUCACAGGUGCCCGUCGGACCGCCUUCGCCCUCUCGGUGCUCUUGCCUCUGCCGCUCACCGCUCCUGGCCCCCCUGGCUCAGCUGACACAGGAAAGACGCCUGGACACCUCUGUCCCCGCAACUGGGAUCUUUACCGGCACCAUCUAAAGAGACUCGUUAACAGAUCCAGAGAAGAGACUCCGGGAACCGGUUCCUGGCAGUGAGCGAGGGUGUGUUCAGGGCAGUAUGUCUCUUGCUGGAAGGAGAGACGCCAGGCAGCAGACGAAGGACAGAGCAUGCCAGAUCCUGCACGGACAGGGCCUGGCCCCAGCCAGGCCAUCAGACAGACCGCUGCACCUCACGGUAGGGGCCUAGGGCUCCCACUGGUCCUGGAGGGCGCCGGGGGCCACGUGGAGACCCCUCACCCUCACCUGCUCCAGGCACCUCCGCUCCGUGUCCAGGAUGCUUGAUGCCACCUGCUGGUCAGCCGCCGUCACUGUUGGACUGUCCUAGUGGACUGCUCCGGCUCUUCUCAGGGUUCUGUGCUGGCGUGAGGGGUAGCCGGCCCAGCGGGGAGCGUUCCUCCUGGACAGACACCUUUGGCACUGUCUGGGGACCGUGUUCUGGGGUGCUGGGGACGGAACCGGGGCUCCUGUACUCAGCACACGUGCUACAGCCCCUGAGCCAGCUCCCCGGGCCUUCGACGAUCAAAAACAGAGUUGAAUAUACAAAUACCCGCGCCCUCUGUCUUCGCCAUCCCACACCCGAAUCCCGCAGGAAGGAGACGCUGUUGCCUGCAGCUGGCUGCCCUCGGGUAUCUGUGCCUUGACCCUGAGGUGGGGCCGGCCAGAGAGAGGACAGCAGGAGCGCGCGUCUUGCACUUGGCCACCCGCGUUCAAUCCCCAGCACCACAUAGGGUCUCCUGGGCUCAGAGACUUGGGGAAACUGAGGCACAGGGAAGCAUAUCCUUCCUGUUUCCAUUCCAGGGGGGAAAGCAAUAGAAUCGAGGACAUCCAAGUGCUACUAAAAUUUGACAGGGAUAUCCGCUGAA